AUGGGUCCCAGUGAAAUACCAGUUGGCUGUGUGCAAGAUUCAAAGGAUUCCAAGGAAAAGAAUAAGAUGGAAAUCCUGUACAUUCUGGUGCCCAGCGUCGCCAUCCCCUUGGCCAUUGCUUUGCUUUUCUUUUUCAUCUGCGUCUGCCGAAACAACCAGAAAUCGGCAUCCCCGCCAGUCCAGAGACAGCCCAAGCAUGUCCGAGGCCAGAACGUGGAGAUGUCUAUGCUGAAUGCCUACAAACCCAAGAGCAAAGCCAAAGAGCUGCCCCUUUCUGCUGUACGUUUCAUGGAAGAAUUGGGCGAAUGUGCCUUUGGGAAUAUCUAUAAGGGCCAUCUCUAUCUCCCAGGCAUGGACCACGCUCAGUUGGUGGCGAUCAAGACCCUGAAAGACUGUAACAACCCGCAGCAAUGGACAGAAUUUCAGCAGGAAGCCUCGUUGAUGGCGGAGCUCCACCACCCCAAUAUUGUCUGCCUGUUGGGUGCUGUCACCCAGGAGCAACCCGUGUGCAUGUUGUUUGAGUAUAUGAAUCAGGGUGACUUGCACGAGUUUCUUAUCAUGCGCUCCCCACAUUCCGACGUGGGCUGCAGCAGUGAUGAAGAUGGGACCGUGAAAUCCAGCCUGGACCACGGAGAUUUCCUCCACAUCGCCAUCCAGAUAGCAGCAGGCAUGGAAUAUCUGUCCAGUCACUUCUUCGUGCACAAGGACCUGGCCGCUCGCAAUAUCCUGAUAGGAGAGCAGUUGCAUGUCAAGAUCUCCGACCUGGGCAUAUCCCGAGAGAUUUACUCUGCCGACUAUUACCGGGUGCAGACCAAGUCCUUGCUUCCCAUUCGUUGGAUGGCCCCAGAGGCCAUCCUAUAUGGCAAAUUCUCCUCCGACUCCGACAUCUGGUCCUUUGGGGUGGUAUUGUGGGAGAUCUUCAGCUUCGGCCUGCAGCCCUAUUAUGGAUUCAGCAACCAAGAAGUGAUCGAGAUGGUGAGGAAGCGACAGCUGCUACCUUGCUCAGAAGAUUGCCCUCCUCGUAUGUAUGGUCUCAUGACCGAAUGCUGGAAUGAGAUCCCGGCUCGCAGACCCCGCUUCAAAGACAUUCACCUUCGCCUGCGCUCCUGGGAAGGCCUUUCCAGCCAUACCAGCUCCACCACACCAUCAGGGGGCAAUGCCACCACGCAGACCACCUCCCUCAGUGCCAGUCCCGUGAGUAACCUCAGUAACCCUCGCUACCCCAACUACAUGUUCCCCGGCCAGGCCAUUCCAGCCCAGGGCCAGAUUGCUGGUUUCAUCGGUGCCCCCAUUCCGCAGAACCAACGCUUCAUCCCCAUCAAUGGGUACCCCAUUCCUCCAGGAUAUGCCGCCUUCCCAGCAGCACACUAUCAGCCUCCGGGGCCUCCCCGAGUUAUCCAGCAUUGUCCACCCCCCAAGAGUCGCUCCCCUAGCAGUGCCAGUGGUUCCACCAGCACGGGCCAUGUCACCAGCUUGCCCUCGUCAGGCUCCAAUCAGGAAGCUAAUAUUCCUUUGCUUCCACAUAUGUCGAUGCCAAACCAUCCCGGAGGAAUGGGCAUCACCGUGUUCGGCAACAAAUCACAAAAGCCCUACAAAAUAGACUCGAAGCAGCCCUCUUUGCUAGGAGACUCCAAUAUCCAUGGACAUACCGAAUCCAUGAUUUCUGCAGAACUGUAACCAGUGCUUCUCCUGGCCUGGAAACUUGUC